CCGCUCGCUCGCACAUGCGCAGUCGCUCUCGUGUUGUUGACGGGCAAAGAUGGCGUGUUCCGCGGCUCGCAGCUCCGCACGCUGGGUCACAGCGGCCGUGUCCUCCGGCCACAGACGGGUCUGCUCGCCUCUGCUCUCCAGCGCGGAUGGAGCACACCGGAGCCUCGCGACGCUGUCAGGCCGGCAGGUGUGGACGGCGCGCGGCGGGAGCCCCGGAGGAGCCUGUACCGCGGUGACAUUGAGAGGCAUGACAGCGGUGGGCUCUUCUGCUUCUUCUGGUCUCAUCUGUAAGAUGUCGUUCCACACCAGCUGUCCUGCCAGAAAACAGGAUUUCUACCAGAUCCUAGGAGUUCCCCGCGCAGCCACGCAGAAGGAGAUUAAGAAAGCUUAUUACCAGAUGGCAAAGAAGUAUCAUCCGGACACGAACAAAGAGGACCCUCAGGCGAAGGAGAAGUUUGCGCAGCUGGCUGAGGCGUAUGAGGUGCUCAGUGACGAGGUGAAGAGGAAGCAGUAUGACACGUACGGCUCCGCUGGGUUUGACGCGGGACAGGCCGGCGCGGGACACCAGCAGUACUGGGGCCGAGGGAGCAGCAUCGACCCCGAGGAGCUUUUCCGCAAGAUCUUUGGGGAGUUUUCCGGAGCUCGAGGCUUUGGGGAUUUCGGUGCCAUCUUUGAUCAGCCACAAGAGUAUGUGAUGGAGCUCACAUUCGCUCAGGCUGCUAAAGGAGUGAAUAAAGAGAUCACGGUCAACAUGGAGGACGGGUGUCAGCGCUGUGGGGGCAGAGGUCACGAGCCCGGCUCCAAAGUCCAGCACUGCGGCAGCUGCAAUGGGACAGGCAUGGAGACGGUGAACACGGGGCCCUUCGUGAUGCGCUCCACCUGCAGACGCUGUGGCGGGAGGGGUUCGGUCGUCACAUCGCCCUGCACAGCGUGUCGAGGGACGGGACAGACCAAGCAGAGGAGGACCGUCACGGUGCCUGUGCCCGCCGGGAUCGAGGACGGGCAGACGGUCCGGAUGCCAGUGGGGAAGAAAGAGAUCUUCAUCACGUUCAGAGUCCAGAAAAGCCCGAUCUUCAGGAGGGACGGCGCUGACAUCCACUCUGAUGUCAUGAUCUCUGUGGCUCAGGCCAUACUGGGCGGCACGGUCCGAGCGCAAGGGCUCUACGAGAACAUCAAUCUCUCGAUCCCGGUCGGAGUCCAGGCCGACCACAGGAUCCGGCUCUCUGGGAAAGGUAUUCCUCGGGUCAGCGGCUACGGCUACGGGGACCACUACGUCCACGUCAAGAUCAAAAUCCCUAAGAUGUUGACCGACCGGCAGCAGGCCCUCAUGAGGAGUUACGCGGAGGACGAGACCGAUGUGGAGGGAACCGUCAACGGAGUGACCAGCACCACUACAGGUAAAAGAUCCGCUGGAAACUAGACUUUAGUGGAGCUUCAGAUUCAGUGUAAAGCGAGUCUUCAGCUGUGGACACGUUCAUCUCGAUCGCUCCUCAGAAACUACAGACCAGCGAGAAGAUCCCAGAGGAAUAUGAUCUGUGCACACCAACAUCAACCAUUGCUUUUUGUCUUUGGCGUCAUUUUUCGUUUAGGUUUUACGUAGUCAGGUCUUUAAUUUCCUGUUGUUCUGAAGCGAUUCACAAACCGAUGGGAAAUCUUUACUUCGGUAACAAUGUCAUUUCAGAAUAAUGAAGUCCUGUGUUCAAGAUCUCUGUGCUGACCGCUCACUGAACAGCCAGUGUACAUAGACAGCUGUUAAUACUGAAGUCAUUUUAAUGGGUCCUUGUAGAGAUAAAUAUGCAGCAAUGAAUAAAAUCUCUCACAACUGUAAAUGACUUUUUUUGUUGAAUAUGCUGAAUGCAUGGU